UUCCCCUUUUUCCUCCCCCUACUUCCACCGGAGCAUCUCUCUCCCUCUGCUCUCCCUCUCCGCCGCCCACUUCUUCCCAGCCAUUGAUCCCGGCCGCUCCACGCACCGCCGCCUCAUCGCAUUGCCCCGCUGCGCUUUUCUGCAUUUUUCUUUUUUUUUUUUUCCUUUCUUUUUUUCUUUUUCUUUUUUAAAGGGAGGAGAACCAGCACAUUUUCGGGACCAAAUAAACUUCCCCCACCUCCCUCCGCAGCUCCCUCUUCAUAACCAUGGCGAGUACCGAGGAUAAAGAGGCCAGCAAGGAGAAGGCGUCCAGCUGGAAGGACUCCAUCUACAACCCGAGGACCGGGGAGCUGCUGGGUCGCACGGCCAGCAGCUGGGCCCUCAUCCUGCUCUUCUACCUGGUCUUCUACUGUUUCCUGGCCGGCAUGUUCGCCCUGACCAUGUGGGUGAUGCUGCUCACUCUAGACGACUACGUGCCGAGGUACAGGGACCGCAUUCCCAAUCCAGGACUGGUCAUCCGCCCAAACUCUUUGGACAUCUCAUUUAACAAAUCCGAUCCACUGAAGUAUGCGGAUUAUGUCAAAAACUUGGAAACCUUCCUUCAAAAAUAUAAUGAGACGCAGCAGGUAAACCACAAGUGCGUCCCAGGAGACUACACCGUGCAGGACGACGCAGAGGGAAUGUUGAAGAAAGCGUGCCCCUUCAGGAGGUCGCUCCUGAGUUUCUGCUCCGGCAUUUCUGACACCAACUUCGGGUAUCAUGAAGGAAAACCGUGUGUGCUGCUCAAAAUGAACAGGAUCAUUGGCCUGAUGCCACACGGGGAUCCCUACGUUAACUGCACCGUCAAAAAAGACAACCCGGUCCAGAUGCACUAUUUCCCCAAAGAGGGACGCUUUGACAAGAUGUAUUUCCCCUAUUAUGGCAAGAAAGCCCAUGAGAAUUAUGUGCAGCCCCUGGUGGCUGUGAAGCUGCUGCUCACCAAGGAGGACUAUAACAAGGAGCUGGCUGUGGAGUGCAAGGUGGAGGGCUCCAACCUUCGCAACAACGACGAAAGGGACAAGUUCCUGGGCCGCGUCACCUUCCGGAUCAAGGUCGUGGAGUAAAAAAGGCAAAGGCGGCUCGGGAAAGCACAUGAGGGCGGCCCCAAUUUGCAGACGGAUUUGUGUUUUUGAAAAAAAAAAGAAAAAAAAAAAGGAAGGAGGUGUCAAAGAUGUCACAAAGAUCUUUUUUUUUUCUGGAUGUGGUAUCUAUGUCUGAGGCAGAUAAAAGUUUGGGUUCCAACAGAGGUGCUUUGAUGACCUUUCUGACCCUUCUUUCCGUCGGGAUUUCUCGCUGAUCUCUUCAAAGAUCCCCAGAACAAGAAUUUCUGGACCAGCCCCUGUUGCACCAUUCAUCCUUUACUUAGUUUAGACCCUUUUUUUUUUUUUUAGUGCUGAUGUGAUUUAAUAACCUAUAGCCAUGGGAACCAAGCUGUUUGGAGCUGUUGUGUUAUUGCUGAUACGUUUUGGUUUCUUUUUUAAAAGACUACCUUUCCUUUGUAACCUUCCUCCUGUCAGGAUGAGUGUGUGGUUUCCACCUCUGAAUCUGUAAUAGGAACCCUGCCACUUGCUUGUGUUGCGAGGAUUUGGAUCUUGCUGUAUAGUAGAGCUGAAAAAGUAGAACACUUCCAACGUACCCGUCAUCUCAAAGACUUCAUCAAGACAUUCCUUGAUAAUCAAGUAUAGCUAAUGUAUCCUUGUAUAUGAAAUGCCAGUUCCAAACUCCCUUUUAACUAGAAAUACAUAGUGAUCUUAAGCAUAUUUAGGGAACUAUAGAUAGAUCUUUGUAUUGCGGCGUGCAGAGCCGCAUUCCAGUCUUGUGCCGUGUGUCUGUCUGGCUGUUUGUCCGUCUGCAUGUGUGUUUGUCCAUCUGUCUGACUGCCUGUCUACCUGUUUGUCCACGUCUCCACUGCCGCAGCCGAUAAGUGGGCGAGUUCCUCCAGGACUGGACGAGCUGCCCUGCUCGGGGCGGCAGUGGCGUAUGGAUGGUGGCUGAGAAGGUCCAUUGAGGGUGUGCUGUUUUAGGCGGAGAGAAGCAUAACGAAAAAUAACUGCAACUAUGUACUGUAUAUCUUUACGUGAUCUGUAUAUCUAUCUGGGUCUCAAAGAUUGUUUGUUAGUUUACUCUCUUCUUCAGCCUGUUUAUCUGAUUGUCUGCUGAUCUAUUACUCUUUAAUGUACAUAUAUAUAAAUAUAUAUACACACACACACAAACAAUAUUUACCAUAUUUACCUAAUUCACACUGUAUUUUGGUCACAAAACAUAAUGUCUGUGCACUGUAAAGAAAUAUAAUUUAAGCAAAGAUUUACAGAAGAUUAUCUUAUUCAAAGCUAUGUUUACACAGUCUUAAAAGGAACCCGUAUUUAAAGGAACAACCUGUAACAUCUCUUCAGGGUGCCUUAAGACCUGAUGAAAUAAAUUGUGGAAUAAAAGUGAUUUUGAAGAAAAAA